AUGAGCGAAAGAGAGAAGUGCGAGAGGGAUAACAGAUAUACAUACCAGCUAUCAGGUGAAAAACAGUCACAGGAUCGGGACGAAGAAAAACGCAAAGCUGAGGAAGCUCUCAGUGACCUCAGACGUCAAUAUGAAACCGAAGUGGGAGAUCUGCAAGUGACCAUUAAAAAACUCAGAAAGCUCGAAGAACAAUCAAAACACAUAAGUCAAAAGGAAGAUGUAGCUGCAUUGAAAAAACAAAUUUAUGAUUUAUCAAUGGAAAAUCAGAAAGUUAAGAAAGAUCUUUUAGAAGCACAGACAAACAUAGCCUUUCUACAGAGUGAAUUAGAUGCUUUGAAAAGUGAUUAUGCUGACCAGAGUCUGAAUUCUGAAAGGGAUCUGGAAAUAAUCCGAGAAUACACAGAAGAUCGAAAUAGUCUUGAGAGGCAAAUUGAAAUACUCCAAACAGCUAACCGGAAACUGCAUGACAGUAAUGAUGGCCUGAGGAGUGCCCUCGAAAAUAGUUAUAGCAAGCUCAACCGAUCCUUGCGCAUAAAUAAUGUAUCACCAGGGAAUUCAAUUUCUAGAAGCAAUCCCAAAUUCACUGGUCAUUCUCCUCAACCUCUGGGCUAUGAUAGAUCAUCCCGCUCUUCCUACAUGGAUGAGGACUGUGACUCCUUGGCCCUCUGUGAUCCUAUGCAGAGGAUGAACUGUGAAGUUGACAGCCUGCCCGAGAGCUGCUUCGACAGUGGCUUGUCUACCUUGAGAGAUUCCAAUGAGUAUGACUCAGAGGUGGACUACAAGCACCAGAGGGGGUCUCAGAGGUCCCACGGGGUGCAGGAGAGCUUUGGAGGUGAUACUUCUGACACAGAUGUUCCUGACAUAAGGGAUGAAGAGACGUACGGUUCUGAAGAUGUGGCUUCCAUCUUAGACUGGAAGCCCCAAGGGUCUGUUAGCGAAGGGAGCACUGUUAGUUCACCAAGAAAGCCCAUCUCGGCACUUUCCCCCCAGACAGACCUGAUAGGUGAUGACCACAAAUCUCCCAGCUCACAGAAGGCCUACAAGAUUGUGCUCGCCGGGGAUGCUGCAGUGGGGAAGUCUAGUUUCCUCAUGAGACUUUGCAAGAAUGAAUUUCGAGGAAAUACAAGUGCUACCCUGGGAGUUGAUUUCCAAAUGAAAACUCUCAUUGUAGAUGGAGAGCGAACAGUGCUGCAGCUCUGGGAUACGGCUGGUCAGGAGAGAUUCAGAAGUAUUGCCAAGUCUUACUUCAGAAAAGCAGAUGGUGUUUUGCUGCUGUAUGAUGUUACAUGCGAGAAAAGCUUUCUUAAUGUACGAGAAUGGGUAGAUAUGAUUGAGGAUGCAACCCAUGAGACUAUUCCUAUCAUGUUGGUAGGAAACAAGGCUGAUCUUCGUGACACCGCUGCUGCAGAAGGACAAAAAUGUGUCCCAGGAUACUUUGGAGAAAAACUGGCCAUGACAUAUGGGGCAUUAUUCUGUGAAACAAGUGCCAAAGAUGGUUCGAAUAUAGUGGAAGCAGUUCUCCAUCUUGCUCGAGAAGUGAAAAAAAGAACUGAUGAGGAUGACAGCAAAUCCAUUACCAACCUGACUGGGACCAGUUCCAAAAAGUCCACACAGAUGAAAAAUUGUUGCAAUGGCUAAAUCCCGACACCUUUGGCCUGUGAAGUCUUCAUUUCCAGAAUACUGAAUUUGUGUGACUUGCUUGGUUCUCAAUAGAAUGGCAUAUCCUACUGACACUGCCAUACGGAGAGUUACAGUGUGGGAAAUCUGAACUUCAUCCUCUGCUCUUCUUUGUUGUAUCUCAAAGAGUGACUUGAGCCCUCUGGUUAAAUAGACUAGCCUUGUCCUUACAGGUCUUAAAAGAUCACAUGUCGGUGUCUUUUAAAUGGUAAA